AUGUUAAACGACUCUGAGUCAUGGAUCGGUGAUGCUUAUCCUGAACCAUUAAGGAUUAUCUACAUCAUUACGGGAGUUCUGUAUUUCUUAUUUGGUGUUUCCGGUAACGUCCUCAUCAUCGUUAGUAUUCUGAAAGUGAAAAGUCACAGAGACUGCAGCAACGCCUUCAUCGUCAACAUUGCUGCCUGCCAAGUGCUCUUCGCCGGGUACAUCCUGCCAGUCACGCUGGUGGAUCUUCUGCAAGGAUCGUAUCCCGUUCCAAAUCUGUGUGCCUUCAAUGGAAGUCUAACACGCGUCUUGGGCAUGGUGUCCAUUUUUAGCAAAAUGAUGGUUGCCGUCCACCGUUACUACCAGACUUGUCAUCCCAAUGUGCAGAAACGGAUAUUCCAGAAAAGAAACGUGAUAUUGCUAUGCACGAGCCUCUGGGUUUUGUCCGGCCUUAGCUUGUGCCUUGUGUUCGUUGGGUUCAUCCAUCUGAUGUAUGAUUCUCGGAUCCACAUGUGCAGAGUUGUAGUAAUGGAUAUGACUCGGGCCAACGUCGUCUACUUCAUUUUCAGCUCCAUCUGCAUCAGCAUCGCGCUGCUUUCUUACGUCAGGGUCUACAAGAAGGUCAGGACCUCGGUGAACGUGCUGACUUCGACAUACCCGCAGCUCUCUUCUUACCGCUUCUGUCGAAAUGCUCUCGACAGUGUCCGGACUAACUGUAUCAUCUUCGUGGUUUACCUGAUGUUCAUAACUCCCAACGUAUCUCUCUCGAACUUUGCGGUGCAGAAUGUAGUCGUCCGGGCAGUGGCCGCCAACCUUCAAUUCGCUGGAACUGGAAUCAGUUUCAUCAUGUACGGGGUCCUGAACAAGUCGAUCUCCAGGACAUACAAGGAGCUGCUGUGUCGUCUCAGGUGCGCCUGUCUAGAUAAAGCCGUGACGAGCGCCCCUAGCAGUAGAUAUGCUGAAGGCAGGGUUAGCAGAAAUGAUGCUAUAUUCCAAAUGGCAGGUUCCGUUCCAACACUAGACAGAAACGAAAUUGGUAGCAGUAUGAUCUAA